AUGGUCACUCCGAUCCCGGUGGCAGCGGUGCCGACGCGGUACUAUCCGGACUCGCUGCAGCCCAGCCGCACGGACGACGGGCCGCUGUGGCCGCCGGCGCGCGAGACCAGCGGGCUCGAGUCGUCCAUGAACGCCCCCGGCGGACGUGUCGAGGCGACGGCCCGGCUGCCGGGCGGUGUGCUGGUGACGCCGUCCGUUGCCGCUGCCACCCGGCGAAGAGAGACGAUUCUCCGUGGGCGCGCGCAACUUCAGGCCGCUCCUGCAGCGGCGCAUGCGCAAGCUGCUGCUGGUGGCCGGCAAGGAGUUCCGGCCCUGCGCGUACCCGAGGAGACGUUCCAGGACCUGGAGUCGGGCGGCACGCGCCAGCUGCACCUCUCGCUGAAGAAGACCAGUGGCCAGGAGUUGGACGACUCGGACUGGAUCCAGUUCGACUGCCGCGAAGCAAGGAGAUCUACGGCCUGCCCAAAGAGGAGCACAUCGGCGAGUACCAGUUCGAGCUUGACCGCGAUGGAUGCGGAGGGCGCCUCGGCGUCCGACCAGCUGGCUGUGGCCGUGCGGCUCUACCAGCAGUGGCGCGCCAUCAACCACCGCUUCCACACUGCAACUCAAGAUGCUGCGUGGACUGGGGAGCUCCUGCUGCUGCGCAAGCUGGCAGACAUGUUCGGCCAGACCUCCACCUCCAGCCUGCUGGUGUACGACGUGCGUGCCAUGCUCGGCGGCUCCGUCCGCAUCGCCUGGGUCAACGACACCAUCAGCACGCACCGCUGCGACCAGCUCGCCCUCUCGCGCAUCGCAUCGCACCUGGUGGGCAAGAACGGCGAGCCGACAGCCGAGCUGCGCAAGGUGCUGGCGCCCGAGUUCGGCGCGCAGCGCGUGCGGCUGGAGCUGCUGAACGUGUGCCACGGCGUGCUGCUGACGUCGGUGCCCACCCCGGCCACCGAGGAGCCGGACCAGAAACGUGCCGCCCAUCCGGCGCCAACCCGUGACCGGAUCACGGCCAGCGUCGGCAGGCUGCUCAAACAGCAGGUGCCGGCGGACGCGUUUUUCGACAUGGAGGACGGCAACGCGCGCGAGAUGGAGCUGCGCCUGCUGACCAGCGAGCGUCAGCUGGGUACCGCGAGUUCAUCGGCCUGGCCCCUGGACAAGGACGUGGGACGCUCGCACUACCACCUGGAGUGCAUCGACAGCGGCGGCCUCACGGUGUCCGACUCGAUCGAGGUGGUGGUGCAGCCGCGCGACGACGCCAAACAGCACACGGUCGAGUUCGGCGUCACGCUCGACAACGACUUCCGCAAGUUCAGCCGCGACCCCAUGCAGAAGAAGCGGCUCAUGGAGAAGCUGGCCGAGCUUCUCGGCGACGGCGACACAGACGCCAUGCUGGUGCACGACAUCCGCGAGGGCUCUGUCGUCUUCUCCUGGUUCAACGAAUCGCUGCCGACGGAACGAGUGCGCCGACGCCCGCUGGACGAGCAGGCGCCCGAGAGCAAGGGCGACGAGUACCUGGUGACGUUCAUCAUCCCGGCCGUGGUGAUCGCCGCUAUGCUGCUGAUCGCCGGCCUGGUGGCCCGCGGCAUCCCCGUCAUCUUCUCCGACGAGUUAGAGGACCGCAUGGAGAAGAGUGCCAAGACGCCCGUGAUCCUGACGCACGAGCGGCCGCCCGAACCGCCCACCUACCCGGCCGAUGGCGCGCCGUCGCCGGCCACGCCGAUGCUGGACGAGCACGGCGAGGCAGCCGGCGGCGGCGGCGAGGACACGCCGCUGGUCGCGGCGGGCCGCGCCAAGCCCGUGCCCAACUACCGGCAGCCGCCGCCGUACGUGCCGCCCUAG